UGGAUUUUAAAAGCGCAACCCGCAGGAGCUUCAUUGCAAAUACGCAGCCUGACUUAAGAAGACGAAACAAAAACUCUCAGUGACUAAAUUCAUUGGAAUAUAUUUAUAUAUCUAUGCAUUUUUCAUGCGUAUAAUCUUUUGCUGGACGAAUUUUAAAUUAAUUUCACAUUGCAAUGAAGUAACCUCAAAUUGUGACAGAUGUGAAAGAGAUGAAAUCAUAUGUCUUCCUAAAGGAUGCCAGAGAAAAGUUGCAUGGGGGUAUCCUGUAGGAGGAGUUCUUUGUGACCAAACAAGUAACGGAUUUUCCCUUAUAAAAAAGGAAAUUGAGUCCGGACUUCUCAAUGAACAGCAUUACCCGGAGCCCAGGCUGUACAGCAGGUCGUGGUACAAACAGUUGUGUUUUCACCCAAAGUCAAGAACCUGCAUCCAUCUUUUUUCAAUCUGCGAGCUCAUAUUCUCUUUCCUCCUUUGAACAUCUUUAAUAAGACACAUGCUUGUGAGCUCAGGCAUUUAUUGACAGAAAGCCUCCUCACACAGCGGGUUCCCUGCUUCCUUGCCAGCCCUCCCAGAGCUUCAUGGGUUGAACCACCAGAGGUUCGUCAAUCUCUCUCUCCUCCUCUUCAUCCUCCGCACAACCCCUCAUCCCCCUCUCAGUCGUACAACCCCGCGCUGUCUACUCCCUUUGCCUGUUUUACCACCAACGUGAUGGCUUGUUGGGCCCCGGGCUUGUUUGGACUUGCGACCGCAACAUCAUCAUCAUCCUCCUCGACUACACAGACUUGCAGACACAGCAGCUACUAGAGUGAAAGAUAAAGAGAGGCAGAGGGGAGGAAAAGGAGAGACAGACAGAAAGAGAGGACUACCAGAGGAGAGAGGGGGGGGAGGAUAAUCUCUCCCAGCAGCAGAGGGAUCCACCUGUCCCACAGAGGAAGGGGGCCCCCCCACCUGAUCCAUCUGGUCGCAGGGGGGGACCCUGCGUAGCCGCUAAGGCAGCAGAGACUAUGCAGCUGGGACUGGUGGCGCUGGCAAUGAUCUUCCUCAGCUCCAUGGGUCACAGCGGAGCUCUCAAGCUCUCCAAGGCGAGACGGCAGAGACGGGUUAGCACUGAGGGGCCACCAUCUUGCCCCAAAGGCUGUGAACGAUGCUCUGAGUAUAACGGCUGCAUCAAAUGUAAGCCCAAGCUCUUCAUCUUCCUGGAGCGCAAUGACAUCCGACAGAUAGGCGUGUGCCUCGCCUCCUGCCCCAUGGGAUACUUCGGCAUGAGGAACCCAGAAGGCAACAACAGAUGCACUCAAUGUAAAAUAGACAAUUGUGAAGCGUGUUUCAACCGCCAUUUUUGCACAAAAUGUAAGGAGGGCUUGUAUUCACACAGCGGCCGAUGUUCUGUCAGCUGCCCUGCAGGCUUAAGACCGGUCAAUGAGACCAUGGAGUGUGUGGAUCAGCGUCCUGCAGAAUGCGAACUUGGCGAGUGGAGCCCAUGGAGUUCCUGUAUGAAGAAGAACAAAACAUGUGGAUUUAAGAAAGGCUCGCAGUCUCGGGUUCGUUUGCCCCUUCUGCAGACCCACAGCCCGGACACCUCCCCGGCCUCUGUACCCUCGCAGACCUGUGCUCCACAGACGGAGAAAAUGAAGUGCAUUGUGACCAAGACGCCCUGUGUGAGAGAUUACUAG